AUGGCCAUUACAAAAGUGAAUGAAAAGUUACUUGAAGACCUUCAAGUUAUGGGAUUUCCACAAGCAAGGGCAACAAGAGCACUCUACUAUUCUGGAAAUACAAGCUUAGAGGAUGCUAUAACUUGGAUGAUUGAUCAUGAAAAUGACACUGAUAUUGAUGAGUUUCCAUUGGUAGAUGUAGACAUUGAUAUUGAUACAUCAUCAUCAUCAUCGUUUCCUAUCACAGAUGAAAUGAGAAUGAAAGCUCAUAGUUUAAGAGAACAAGAGAGAAAGAGGAAAAGGAAUGAUGAACAAAUAAUCCAAAGAGAAAGGGAAAAGGAGAGGAUUCAAGCAGGUAAGAAACUCCUUGAGGCAAAGCGAAUCGCGGAAGAAAAUGAAAGAAAACGGAAUUUAGCUUUGAGAAAAGCAGAAAAAGAAGAAGAACAAAGAGCUAGGGGUAACAUUCUCAAGAAACUAGAUCAAGAUAAGCUAAAUAGAAGAUCUGAACAUGGAUUACCUUUAGAAAGCCAAGAAAAUGCGAGAUCAACAGCAAUUGUAAUAAAGCAUGACAAGAUUUCAAGGCCUGUUUAUACAACUACAAAAGUUGAGCAUUUAAGAGAAUGUUUGAGGUCUCUCAAGCGUGAACACAAGGGUGAGAAUGCAAGAAUCAGAAGGGGGUUUGAAACACUUCUAGUGUAUGUUGGAAAUGUUGUCAAGAAUCCAAAGGAAGAAAAAUUCAGGAAGAUUAGACUGAGUAAUCCAUUAUUCCAGGAUAGAGUUGGAAGUUUAGAUGGAGGUGUAGAGUUUCUUGAGCUAUGUGGUUUUGAGAGAAGAGAUGAGCUCUUGUAUCUUCCUAGUGAAAAGAUUGACAUGGGACUACUAAGUUCAGCUGGUUUUGUCUUGAAUUCUGCUAUCACUAAUCCUUUCUUUGGACUUUUGAGUACUUAA